UGUCUGCUACUGCAGAACAAGAGCAGGACCUCUUACUACCCGGAGACAAAAAGGCAGGAAACGGCACGAAGACCAAGAAGCAGCAAGGCUUGCCGUGCAAGCCGAAAUGGAUGUACUACACUUACUAGUACUCCCUCUUACAUCAACACUUUUAUAAGAGAUCAACAUCAUCAAUAUUAUGUUGAUUUAUUAUUUUAUAUAUAGUACACCCUGACUCUACUGACUUUGGCAUUCUUGUUUCACAUUCGGAUUGAACUUGAUCUUGAUCUUGCUGUUGAAGAACUCGUAGAACGUGAAGAACAAGCUUCGUAGAACCAAGAACACCUACUUUCUUUGCUCCUUUCCGUCAACUGUCGAAAUUGUUCCUUUUUAUCUUCGGAGUCUGCGAUCAGUAUCUAGAACUAGAAGUCCUCUCGUUGGAAAGUGCCUGCCUCACAGGUACACCGGCUUAAUGACUAUUUUUGCCCUUCUUGUGGCGUCGGCGGGAUAUGUGUUCUUCUUCUCCAUGGCGACCACGAUUGA